AUGGAUGCAAAAAGAGAAAUUAUUUUAGCGAUAAAAAAUUUUCAGAAGCAGGUAGAGGAUAAACUUUUGUCCGGAAGAGCCUCGAAAAAAAUAGUGGUAUUUAAUAAAAGAGUAGAAAAUGCCAUUAGUAAAUUAUCUUCUGAGGUUAGAGAUUUUCAGGAAGAAGGGCAAAUGACAUUAUUGAGGGAAAAAUUAGAGAAAAGUGUUAAGCAAGUAGAAGGAAUGAUAAAAGUAUCAAAACAUAAUUUUUCUUCUGAAAAUAGUUCACUCAAUCCAAAAGCAAAAAAAGAACUAGAAAACUUAUUUUUUGCCAACACUAUACGCGAUUUUUCUUUUGACCCCGAAAGUGUUUUAGUCAAAAACAAAACAGAGGAAAUUUUUCAGAAAGUUGAGAAAUUUAAUAAAAAAAAGGCAAAUAGAAAGCAAUUCAAAUCUAAGUUUUUUGAUAAUAAAAGUGAAAUUUUAAGUUUUAAUGAAGAAACGGGCAUGGAUAGUGGGGAUUUUAAUGCAGCUUUUUUUGAUUCUCGCCCUCUUUUAUCAGAAGGGGAACUUGAUGAAGAUAUUGAAGAAAUUACUUCUACGGUUAGGAAUGAUGUUAAAAAAUUCAAAAAAGUUGGACAAAAUAAGCCUGAAACUGAAAAAAAUAAUAAUAAAAAACCACUUAGUGAAAUAGAAGGGUGGAAUAGUUUAUCCCCGCAUGAUCGGAAUAAAUUUUCCGCAGAUUAUGAGAGUGGAAGCAAAGAUUUUGAAAAAAUAAAAUUGGAGAUAGAAAGACAAAGAAAGGGCGAAAAAGUUAAGGAAAAAACCAAUAAUGAAAACAGUAAAAAUAAACCUUCUACCCCUCCUAAGCAAAAAAACAAAGAAAAAACCACUGCUGGCAGGCAACAAAAAUUAUCUCAAAAAAAGAACAAAGUUAUUACCGAGAUAAAUUCCGCUCUGAACCAAGAACCUCAACUUACUAACAGCGAAUUAAGUCCGGAAUAUCAAAAUUGGGAAAGUCAAAUCAACCAAAUAACCGAUAUCCAGCAAAUUACCCACCUCCAAGAUAGAAUAUUAGCUGAUAUCAAGGCUCACUUAGAAGAACAAGAAACCGAAAAAGGUUAUAAUGAUAAUAAGGAAGAAAUAGAAAAUUUAAAAAAAGAAAAGGCAACUAACAACCCGCAGGAGUAUGGUGAAGAGGCUAAAAAAAGAAUUGCGGACAAAUUAAAAAGUUGUGGCGUUAACGAGGAGGAAUUAAGUAAUGAAAAUCAGCAAGUAUUAAAAAAACUAAGAAAUGAUGAAAUUAACGAUCCUGACCGGUUAGUAGCGGCCGAGACCGAAAUUAAACAAAAUAUUUAUCAAGUAGCAGCGGAAAAGAAAAUAGUUGACUUAACUACGCGGGUAAAUAAAAUUCUCCAAGCCAAAGAUAAAUCGCAACUUGCUACUCUCAAAAAAGAAUUAUUGCAAUUUAUCAGUAGCAGUAAUAUUUACUACACUUCCCACAAAAAGGAAGUUAAAAGUUUAUUAGCCAAAUUGGAAAAUUACUCGACUAAUAACCAACAGAGUAAUAAUAGUAAAAAAAAAAGCCUCUUGCUAAUUAGCAAAAUUGAAUAUGAAAAAUUAGACCAAGAGCAAAAAGAAUAUCAGGAUCUAAACCGGGAAUUGAAUAAAGAGGAACAAAAUUUACUUUUGACAGAGAUUAAAAGUCUCGAAAACAAAAAAGCAGAAUUAAUUAACCAGAUUAAGGAACAAAUAAUUGGAGAGGAAGGAGAUAGUCAAAGUAUUUUAAUGGAAAUCCGUCCGGGACCAGGAGGAGAUGAGGCAGGUUUGUUUGUUCGUGAUUUAUACCGGAUGUAUGAAAAAUUUGCCGGGAAAAAAGGUUGGAAAGUAGAGAUGGUUGAAGGAAAGGUGGGGGCGAUAGGUAAUUUCGAUUUUGUUUCCUUUUUUGUGAGGGGAAAGGGAGUCUUUAAACAUUUAAAAAAUGAAGUGGGGGUACACCGCGUUCAAAGAAUUCCGGUUACAGCAAAAGGAGGAGAAAUCCACACCUCCACCGCUACCGUGGUGGUCUUACCAGAGCCCCAAGAUAUAGUUCUUAAUAUUCGUUCCCAAGAUUUAAAAGUUGAAACUUAUAGUUCUGGUGGACCAGGAGGACAACAUGCUAACCGAACCGCAUCAGCGGUGCGAAUUACUCACCUACCGACUAAAAUAAUAGCAACUUCCCAAGAUGGUCGCGACCAACGAGUUAACCGCGAAAGAGCCUUGUUGGUUCUCAAAACCCGGCUCUUAGAAAAAUUGCAGGCUGAAAAAGAAAAAGAAGUAGGUAAUUUACGUUCCUUUGCAAUUGGUACCGCCGAGCGUUCGGAAAACUUCCGUACUUAUAAUUUUCAAAAAAACCGGGUAACCGACAAACGUUUAGGAAUAAAACUAGAAAACAAACUCGAAUUUGUUAUUGAAGGAGGCUUAGAGGAAAUAUGUCAAAGGUCAAUUGAUUACGAG